AUCUGCUUCUUGCCUUCUUCUACAGAAGAGUACGGACGAAUCGGAGAGCAAUGGAGUUCUUCGACGAAGACAGGCCUAGAUUCGUCUUCCAAUCACGUCCAUCCUCUUCUCGCAAGACGGAGGAGGAUGAUCCCAAAACCUCCAACAAGAUCUUUAUCUCAAUCUCCGUCACUAUCGCUCUCCUCAUUUUAUCACUCUCAUUCUUCUACUUCGAAUCCGAACCUUCCAAAUCGCUCCUCUUAUGGCUUUCCAUCUCCUUCCUCGUCGGUCCUUUCGCGCCUUCUUCGCUCACUGGUGGUAAGAUUCGCGUCGGUUAUGGCCAGAUAAUUGAGCCAGAACAGAUCCACGGCGGUGAGCUGUCGACUGAUAACGAGCGCGAAUCGAGGAGGAAAUCGGUGAAUAAGCGAUCUAAUAAGGGGACGAAGAACGAUAAUCCGCCGGAAAAUCCUUCUCCGGCGACGGAAGUUUCGAGAAAAGUGGAUCGAGGUGGGAUUCCACAAACUAAUGAGAAUGGAUCUGUGAAGGAAACCAAGGAUUGGACUGAAGAAGAGAUCGAGGUUUUGAAGAAGCAGCUGAUAAAGCAUCCCGCCGGUAAGCCUGGGAGGUGGGAAGCGGUUGCUGCGGCGUUCGGGGGAAGAUACAGGACGGAGAAUGUGAUCAAGAAAGCGAAAGAGAUCGGAGAGAAGAAAAUCUACGAGAGUGACGAUUAUGCUCAGUUUCUGAAGAAUAGGAAAGCUUCGGAUCCUAGAUUGGGUGAAGAAGAAGAUGAGAACUCUGGAGCUGGCGGAGAUGACGAAGCUAAUAAGGAGAGUUGGAGUAAUGGAGAAGACAUUGCACUGCUCAGUGCUCUAAAAGCUUUUCCAAAGGAAGCAGCUAUGAGAUGGGAAAAGAUAGCAGCUGCAGUUCCUGGGAAGUCGAAGGCAGCUUGUAUGAAGAGAGUUACAGAGCUUAAGAAAGGGUUUAGGAGCUCAAAAUCUGGAGCAAAUUAGCUAUAAGGAGAAUCCGAUGAGGAAUUACUGACACGAACCGGUUAAUGCAGGGAAAUCUGGUCAGAUUACGGCGAGAAUCAGGAGAGGAAGAACAGGUUUUGUUGUUGCUACUUGAGUUUAUAACUUGAAGUCCUAGAAGUAAUCAAAGAUUUCCGCAGGAAGUUUCGUUAGAGACAGGCAAAAGGGAAUAUCACUCACUAUGCCAAAGAAACUAACAUAGAUUUAUUUCUUCUUCACUUCAAGCUUUGGUUCAUAUUACAAGACUUGGUCAUCUGUGUACCAAAAGUUACCUUUUUAGUAUAAAUAUACCAUCAAUAUUCUUAACCCAAAAUAGCAUUUUCAUAUAUAACUUUUUAAGAGGUAUUGAUGAAUCAACUAUUUUUAUUAAUA